UGGAUUUUUGAAUCUGACAUGCCAGCUAUUUCUCACACAUAGCCAGAGCUACUUAUCGCAACAGGAAAGGGGUUCGGGAUUAUCUUUGUGCUCUAAAAACAAAUUGAAAGAUCAAAACCCUUUGCUACUCAAUACAUCUGGAUUGCAUCAGCCAUUCUGUAAAUGGUCAUUGCCACGGUACCGGUAGUUACUGCUAAAAAAGCGAUUACGGAUCUGACAAAUCUGUGCGACCAGGAUGGAGUGGCAGCCGGAUGAACAGGGGUUGCAGCAGGUGCUUCAGCUGUUGAAGGACUCCCAGUCUCCGGACACAGCCACACAGAGAGCUGUGCAGGAAAAACUGGAACAGCUCAACCAGUUCCCAGACUUCAACAACUAUCUCAUCUUCGUCCUUACAAGCCUCAAAUCAGAGGAUGAGCCGACCCGUUCUCUGAGUGGUCUCAUAUUGAAGAACAAUGUGAAGGCCCACUACCAGAACUUUCCUCCUCUCGUAGCUGACUUCAUCAAGAGGGAAUGUCUCAACAACAUCGGAGACCCCUCGCCCCUCAUCAGAGCAACCAUCGGUAUCUUAAUAACAACCAUAGCAUCUAAAGGAGAGCUGCAGACAUGGCCUGAACUCCUCCCUCAACUCUGUAACCUGCUCAACUCUGAAGACUACAACACCUGCGAGGGUUCUUUUGGAGCGCUGCAGAAGAUCUGUGAGGAUUCUUCAGAGCUGCUGGACAGUGAUGCUCUCAACAGACCCCUGAACAUCAUGAUCCCCAAGUUCCUACAGUUCUUUAAACACUGCAGCCCCAAGAUCAGGUCUCAUGCCAUAGCGUGUGUGAAUCAGUUCAUCAUCAGUAGAGCCCAGGCUCUGAUGGAUAACAUCGACACCUUCAUCGAGAGUCUGUUUGCUCUAGCGGGGGAUGAGGACUGUGAGGUGAGGAAGAACGUGUGUAGAGCUCUAGUGAUGCUGCUGGAGGUCCGGAUAGACCGACUCAUACCACACAUGCACAGCAUUAUACAGUACAUGCUCCAGCGAACCCAGGACCCAGACGAGAAUGUUAGUUUGGAGGCCUGUGAGUUCUGGCUCACCCUGGCUGAACAGCCCGUCUGCAAGGAGGCCCUCUCCGGGCACUUGGUCCAACUCAUCCCUAUCCUGGUGAAUGGGAUGAAGUACUCUGAGAUAGACAUCAUCCUCCUAAAGGGAGAUAUAGAGGAGGAGGAUGACACAGUACCUGACAGUGAGCAGGACAUCAAGCCUCGCUUCCACAAGUCACGCACCGUCACCCUGCAACACGAGGGAGGAGAGGGGGAGGAGGGGGAGGAUGACGAAGAUGAGGAUGACGAUGAUGACACACUCUCUGACUGGAACCUGCGGAAGUGUUCUGCGGCAGCCUUAGACGUGUUGGCUAACGUGUUUCGUGAAGAGCUCCUCCCCCACCUGCUGCCCCUGCUGAAGGGCCUGUUGUUCCACCCAGACUGGGUCGUCAAGGAGUCUGGAAUACUGGUGCUGGGGGCUAUCGCUGAGGGUUGUAUGCAGGGCAUGGUUCCCUACCUACCAGAGUUGAUGCCUCACCUCAUCCAGUGUCUGUGUGAUAAAAAGGCCCUGGUGCGUUCCAUCGCCUGCUGGACUCUGUCCCGCUACGCCCACUGGGUGGUCAGCCAACCCCCGGACUCCCACCUCAAACCCCUCAUGACUGAACUCCUCAAGAGGAUCCUGGACGGGAAUAAGAGGGUACAGGAGGCCGCCUGCAGUGCGUUUGCUACUCUAGAGGAGGAGGCUUGUACAGAGCUGGUUCCAUAUCUGAGCUUCAUUCUGGAUACACUGGUCUUCGCCUUUGGAAAAUACCAACACAAGAAUCUACUCAUACUCUAUGACGCUAUAGGAACGCUGGCCGACUCUGUAGGACACCAUCUCAACCAACCGGAGUACAUAGAGAAGCUGAUGCCUCCCCUCAUAGCCAAGUGGAAUGAGCUGAAAGAUGAAGAUAAGGAUCUGUUCCCGCUGUUGGAGUGUCUGUCGUCUGUAGCUACAGCUCUCCAGAGUGGCUUCCUGCCCUACUGUGAACCAGUCUACCAGCGCUGUGUAACACUGGUGCAGAAAACACUGGCUCAGGCUAUGAUGUACAGCCAACAGCCGGACCAGUACGAGGCUCCUGAUAAGGACUUUAUGAUUGUAGCCCUGGACCUCCUCAGUGGUCUGGCUGAGGGCCUCGGGGGCCACGUUGAUCAGCUGGUUGCCCGGAGCAACAUCAUGACACUACUGUUUCAGUGCAUGCAGGACACCAUGCCAGAGGUGAGACAGAGCUCCUUUGCCCUGCUGGGUGAUCUGACCAAGGCCUGCUUCCCUCACGUCAAACCAUGCAUCGCUGAGUUCAUGCCUAUCCUAGGGACCAACCUGAACCCAGAGUUCAUCUCUGUGUGUAACAACGCUACCUGGGCCAUCGGAGAGAUAUGCAUGCAGAUGGGUGAGUCUUUCUGCGUAGAGAUGCAGCCCUAUGUAUCUCUGGUCCUGAACCAACUGGUAGAAAUCAUCAACAGACCUAACACACCCAAGACCCUGCUGGAGAACACUGCCAUUACGAUUGGUCGCCUGGGCUAUGUGUGUCCUCAGGAGGUGGCGCCGAUGCUCCAGCAGUUCAUCAGACCAUGGUGUACGUCCCUACGGAACAUCCGUGACAACGAGGAGAAAGACUCCGCCUUCAGAGGGAUCUGCAUGAUGAUUGGUGUAAACCCUGGAGGCGUGGUCCAGGACUUUAUCUUCUUCUGUGAUGCUGUGGCGUCCUGGGUCAGCCCUAAAGACGACCUGAGAGACAUGUUCUACAAGAUCCUCCAUGGUUUUAAAGACCAGGUGGGAGAGGAAAACUGGCAGCAGUUCUCAGAACAGUUUCCCCCCCAGCUGAAGGAGAGACUGUCCGCCUGCUACGGCGUGUAGGACCCCUAACCUAACGUCAGGUGAGCCAGUAAUAGAGGAGGAAUGGGAGGAGGAGGGAGGAGGAGGAGGAAGGUGAAAGGGAAACUCAUCCAUCUGUGUUAAUGCACUGCCCUGAACUGAUCUGGGGGAGGGGGAGAGGGACCCAUCACGCCAUUGGCCGCUCCCCCUGACGGACGGCCCCCACGCCCUAUGUGUUUCUCCAUA